AUGAAUUAAUUUAAUCAGAAUAUAUUAUUUGCAUUUUGGCAAUCUACUCCAAUAGUAAAUAAGCUUUUUAUAAUAAUUGCUGCAAUAUUUUGGAUCAUAAACCUUUUUAUUGGAGAUGUGUUAAAAUUUUAACCAAUAUCAUUAUAAUAUGUUUGGAUUUGGUAAUUGCUAACAUCAGCAUUUGUUUAAGGUAUUUGAUUAAUAUAAUUGUAGGUUCAUUUUUUUCACUUAUUUUUAAUUUAUGUUGUUUACCUGAUCUUAACAAUGCAGAAAGAAGACUAGGAAGUAUAUUAUAUUUGUUAGAAUUUAUCAUUAAAAACAGUCUUGGAAUGGUAUUGAUUUAUUUAUAUCUAGAUAUUUAUCUUUUUAAUUGUCAACCUAUAUUGUUUAUUUAAAUAUGAUAACGAAAUGAUGUUGUCUAAUCAUUUUGGAUUUUGGAAUGUUGCAGUUUAUUUUAUUACAACUAAGUACUUAAUCCUUAACAUAGUAGAGCUCUUAAAAAACCAAAUGAGGAUACUGAAGUAUUAUUCUUUCCAUUAGUGAUGAAAGCUAGAUAUUAUCUAAUAUGCUUACUGUUAUUAUUAUAAUUAUUUCACCAAACAAGGAUUACAGUGCUAUUUUUUGCAUAACUUGCUCUGCUUGAGUUUAUUAUAUAUAAAGGUCCUUUGUUUAGAUUACCUAAGAGAUUGAUUGAAUCAUUGGAGAAAAAAGCAUUUCUUUAAAAAUACAUUUCAAGACAAGAUUUUAUACCUAUUGAUCAAGCAUAUGAUUUAGUAUUUUCUGGAACAUAAAAAAUAGAAUUUUAAAUUGAAAAUUUUAAUAAAGAUGUGGAAUUGUCUCCUGCUGGGUAAUGUUACUGAUAUUUUAAAAUAGAUAAAUGAGUAGUUCUUAAGAAAAGGUUCCAACUGAAGAAGAAAGUAUGCAGAUUAAAUGA